GCGCCUUUUCAGAGGGUCGAUGAAGUUUAGACGCUAAAAAAAAUCUGCUGGCUCCCGAGAUCGAGAACGCGCUCUGAGUCGCUUCCCCAGCAUGUGUUUACUCCUAAAAGUUCCUGUCACUGUACUAGCAGGAAUAUGUCUGCUGUAACGCCUCCUGUAAAUGGCCGACAUGUUUCUCAUCGACGUGAGUUAGAAGAGCUACCAACGGAAAACCGGAGAAGACUGCAUAUUCCUCCGCCUGUCCAGAGUGGAAGGCAGGCACCACUGCACAGCCAGCGGCACCGGACUGAUGUCAGCCAGAACCGCCCUCGAACUGAUCCCAGUGCAACAUGGUCCCGCACAGAUGACCCCAGUACCAGAGAGCCUCUGUUGGACGACUGUGAGCGAAUGGGGACUCUGUUUGGUUCGCUCAACAAGUGUCUGCGGGGAAUGGGCUUCAGCCAGAUGUACUUUGGGGACAAAACAGUGGAGCCUGUCGUGAUCGUCUUCUUCUGGCUGCUGCUCUGGUUCCUGGGCAUCCAGGCCUUAGGACUGGUGGGAACUCUGUGUAUUAUCAUCAUCUACAUCCAGAAGUAAUGUUGAUGAUUUGAGUGAUGCUUGCUGAAACUCUGCAGGGGCCUGUACUUAUACACUCUUGGUGAUUUAUGAUGCUUUAUAAUUCUGCAAGUGAUUGUUCAUCUGGAGCCUUCACUUGCUUUCCACAGUUGAUGCAAACAAUGGAGACUGAUUAAAGAAAAAAAAAACAGCACAGAGUCAGAUUAAUGGAUUUGAUCGUCUACUGCAGAGGAGGCUGCGUCAGUUUGGGGUAUUUUUGUGGCUGGUUUGAUUGCAUGCACAUUUAUAUUCAUGUACAUUUUUGGGAGAAAUAUUAAAUGAAUCCCACAAA